UCAGACGAACUUCGUCGCCAAUUCCUUUACAAACACAGUUUUAGUGAAGAAAUACGUCUGAAAACACUAUUUGUUGCAACAGCAAGGCAGUAAUCGUACUCCUUAAAAACACUGCUAGGUCUUAAACUCGUUUCCAUGCAUCGAUGCCAUGGACACUGAAAGCGUUCAGUUUUUGAAUAACAUCACAUCCAUUGAAACGGAUAAUGAUGUUAUUGAACACUUGCCUCAAUUAAUUACCUUGGCCUGUCAAAAAGGUCAAGAGCGACAAGUAAUCGCGCAAAUGCAGGAAAUGAUCAAUGAAAGUGCUAUUAAAGUAGAGCAAUUAUGUACUGAUAACAAUGAGGCAUUUAACGAAUCGGUCUCUAGUUUCCACACAGUAAGAGACCGGGUAAAUCAGUUACAAACAUCCAUUCUAGAACUCAAUAAUGAUAUCCAAGCUAGUGGGCGAGAUCUACAGGACAAGAAAUCGCAAUUGAAGGAACUUCACGAUGCGGAGAACAAUCUGAACGCUUAUAAAGAGAAUCUAGUGAUUUAUCUCGAUGUCUUCAACCACAUUGAGAAGGCCGGAAGCUAUUUUAAGGAGAAACGCUAUUACAAAGCACUUCGUCUACUUGAUGAAAUAAGUAGUACGCGCUUAAAGCGAAUGUCAGAGUAUUCUCUUACAAAAGCUCUCGUCAAUUCCUUGUCCAGUUCACGAGAGUAUGCUAAAAGUUUGGCCAUGAAGGACUUGCAUGAAUGGCUCUUCAACAUUCGUGAAAAAUCCGUCAUUAUUGGCAGUUUUGCCUUUGAAAAGAUGGAUGAACGUAGGCGUUCAUGGGCAAGAGAGUUUGCACAAGACUUGCAAAACAUUAAUACCCGCUCUCCCUAUUCUCUGCAUCUGGCAUUAUUGAAUACAGUCGACUUUUCCCCCUUAAACAACGAAGCUAUAAAGAUCACAUUUGAACCUCUUUACACGGGUAUACAUAUUUUUUCAUACCUUGGUAUAUUGGAUGAAUUUCAAUUGUCAUUUGAGAAAGACCGUCGCCUGCAAUUAGAAAGUCUUGCGCCAAAGUCUUUGAAUCAACUGGACUUGAAAAUCGUUGGAAACUGGCUAAAAGCUAUUGCAGGUUUUAUGAUAAUUGAGUAUUAUGUCUUGCAGCGUGUUCCCGGCUUUCGUACAUUGGAUGAAGUUGAUUUUCUGUGGAGUUCCAUUUGCGACAAAUUAUCUGAUACCCUCAUCCCCCUUCUGUUUCAAGAGCAGAGCACAGCUACUAUCAUGAAAAUUAAGAAUCUUGUGAUGCUACUCAUUCACACAAUGGAGUUCUUUAACUUUCCCGUGUGGAAAUUGCACGGUCUGUGCAUUAAGCUUAUUGAUGCUUUUGGAGGCGCUCUAAUUUAUAAACAUGCUGGCAUGUUUGCAGAAACUCUCGACAACGACAAUUACGCACCACUUGAGAUAAAGGAUGAACAAAUGUACUGUGAACUUAUCCAACCAUAUUGGUAUGAUAAGAAGGUCGAUUCAUUUCCGGUCACCAUGCCCUUCUCGAAAAUGUGCUAUGAGUGCUGUCAAAACGCAGACUCUUUCAUUCGUCGAUUCUUUAUGUUCCUUAAUGACUCAAUUACUCUCGCCGUUGAAGUCAACGAACGUGCGCCAAGACUUUUUCGCCGAUUCAUUAAAUUUGGUUUCGUGAAUCAACUCACGGACCGGUUGCCUCGACUUGGUAUUUCACAAGUUGCUCAAGUCGUGCAAAACUUUGAUGCUUUUGAAGAACCGUUAUUGAGAAUGGAGCGCAUUCUCUCUAGUAACAAAUCUAUUACGCCUAUGGCUCAGAUGUUGCCUGAAAAUGCACAACCGUCUUCUCAUAAAGCAACUGAGAUGCUCGAAGAAAUUAGCCAUGGACGCAAGCAGGCUUUACAUCAAAUCUUUAUUUGCAUUAACCACAAGAUUGAUGAUUUUGUUGACCUGGCUGAAUAUGAUUGGAUAACGACCACGCCACGAACGACAGUAAGCGGCUACUUACAGGAAAUGCUUGCUUAUUUGCAAACUAUGUAUAUGGAAAUAUUGGGUGGUAUUGACAACUCGGACAAAUCGUACAUUUAUUUGGAGACACUCGAUCAUUUGUCGACAGCCAUAAUGAAACUUAUCACUCACCCAUCUGUGCGACGAAUUUCAAGUACUGCUGCUGCUGGUUUUAAACUGGAUAUUGAGUUUUUGGAAAGCUUUGCCGCAAAGUUGCCAGGUCAAAGCAUCGUAAACGCUGAUAGUUUCAUUGAACUUCGACAAAGUGCCAAACUUCUACAGGCUGAAAAUGUCGAAGAAUACAUGGAUGCUGACAAGUUCGUUAGAGACUUUAGUCGUUUGGAUACAUCAACGGCGAUAAAGUUGUUAGAGAAACUUCUCAAUAAUUACUCCGCAUUACCCUUGAGCAAUGACAGGCCAAAACGCAAGGCUAUAGAACACGUUCUUGCUGCGCUGCGGAAACGUCUUGCUCAGGAAAUUGCUCAAGCCCAAGCACAGGGUCCCCAGAAGAGCAAAGCUUAAUUUGAAAAGGGAGGAAUGAAGAAAUGCAUAAGUUUAUAUAAACGUUGUUUCCGGUAGUGCUCAGAAAAGCUGUGGCAAUGAAAUUUACUGAUCUUAAUGAUUAACCUGUAUCG